AUGGCACGCCACCGUUCAGCUAGGCCCAGUGUCGCCUCAAUGGUAUCUACGACAAGCACGAACGGGACUCGCUCACGAUCAAAGCUAUCGUAUGAGCAAAGCGCCCUACUUACCUUGGCUGAGAAUAGCUUAAAAAGACAGAAGAAGCCACUCAACAUAUCAGCUAUUGUUAAGGAUGCCGAACGUCGAGCUCAAGAGCAAGGGCUCUCGCUUGGAGUUCAAGCCCGAACUAGAAUAAAAAAAGCCGUCGAGAAACUGAGUGACAAUGGUGCGAUCACUGAGGCUCCUCGUAAAGGCCGAGCGCCGUUUCAGUACAGUUUAACACCCAAGGCAGUUAAAGCAUUUAACGAUGCCAAAUCCCAUCGACGAUCUAAUAUUGGGAUAGCCAAGGAGAUGUCCGACACACUCAAAGGCAACGAUCGUCCCACCAAGCGUCGCCGCAGUAGCAUGUCCGCGGGGGUGAUAUCAUCGUCUCAACCUUCCCAACAUGCCACCAUCGAGAAGUUGAAACUUGAGCUUGCUGUUGCUCGGUCUGAAAUCAAAUCGCUGAAGCAAUCAAACCAGAGCCUCUUGGACCAACAAUUAGACGACGAUGACGACUACGAUACCUUUGGGUCGCCUACACGGAAAGCUCUAUCAUCACAGAGAUCUGUAGUAGAUAGUCCCAUUCGCCCUUCUGGUAAGAAAGGGCUUUCGUUCCUUGGUCGCCACACCCGGCCAACAACCCCAGAACCUACCGAACAUGGGUCUCCUGAAUACGAAGCCCCUGAGGACAUCGAUUAUACAAAUGGGAUAGAUGCAGAACGGGAAUUUACACCUCCAAACUCAUCACCUCCCGAUGCUAUGAUCUCUCGAUUUGAACAAUUUGAACAGGAGCCUCAGAUCUUGCAGGAAAGAGCUCAAACGGAAAUAAAACUCAAGCAGCACGAGGCGUCCGUAUCGGAAUUAACCCUCGAAAAGGCACGAAUGGCAGAAGAAAUUGCCACGCUGAAGAAUCAAGUACAACAUGAACGGGGGAUUGUUGCUCAUUUGACCCAGGAGAAACAUGAAGCAGACCUAGUCCGAGUCGAGCUAACACAAGCCUACAAAGACCACGAUUCGACUCGCCGAGACCUUGUGCAACUCGAGCGCGAAAAAGUCGAUCUGGAGGCCAGGUGUGCGUCAAUGAACCUCUCCCAGCAGGAGCUGAAGAUUCUUGUUUCAAAGGCAGAGGUUGAUAUCAAGGCCCAUAUGGAUAUUCAGUCACAACUACGCGCCACAUUGAUUAGCACGAAUCAGGAGCUCGAAACAGCCAACACUUCCCUUCUGUCAUCGCAAGAAGAAGCCCGUAGACUUACUGAGAGUCUGGCAGUUGCCGAAGCUACGAUAGCUGUCUUGAACGAAAAUGUCUCGGCUCGGGAAUCCUCCUACAAAGACCUCCAGGAAACUCAAUCGUUAGCCGCGGAGCAACUUCGCACUCUUCGGAGCGAGGUGCAGUCUUUACGUGACACCCUUUCAUUCGCCGAGGACCGUGCCACAACUGCUGAAGCUAUUGCUGCUGAGCGCAAUUUACAGAUCGGGGGUCUCCAAGCCGAUCGAGAGGCUAUGCAGACCACCGUUAUUGGCCUUCGUGAGCAGAAAGAGGAACUCGCAAGGGAGAACGUUACCUUGAUGUCUCGUAUAAAAGGUUCGGAUGCCUUGGUGGCCGAUCUGCGCACUCAGGUGGAACACAUGUCUUCCGAGGCAGGAGCCCUGCAAGGUCUGGUUGUAGAUUUGCGGUCAUCUCUCGACGCUGCACAGCUGGAAAAGGAUGCAGCCGAAGCCAAGUUCGAAAUCAAGCGUUCUGAAUUAAGCCAUCGCAUCGCCGAUUGCGAAAAAGCCAACUUGGAGGCCACGCGAGCCACAGAGAAACUUCAAGACGACCUCAAAGCCAGUAACAGCCAGCUUUCCGAUCGUAAGGCAGAAAUUAUCCGGCUUAACUCGUCUCUUGCCGGAUUAAGGUCCGAAAUCAAAGUUCUCAAGGACGCCAAAGACAUUAUUUCAAGCAAGUUGCAUAGCUCAGUCGAAGAGACAAAGAAACUCAAUCAACGGGCGGGCGAACUUCAGAGGCAAGAUGAAGCGAAUAUUCAGGAGAUCAACCGGCUAAAGGCGGACCUCGUCCAUCACAAGAACUCUAUCGAAGAACAUCAAGAUGUUAUUUCCAAGCUCGAGCUACAGCUUGAUAGUCUACGAAACCAUAAGAUCGAAAGUUUGCGCAAGCGCCGAGCUAGGGUCGAAGCCGAAGCAAAGCGCUUGAAGGAUGAGGAGGCAGAGCUCACUCAAGAAGCGAUUGAUGUGGACCAGUGGGAUGAGACCCUAUCUCAGUCUCGCGCUGCGAGGUCGAGUUUGGCCCCAAGCUUCGCAAUCAUGUCAUCCCCAUGA